AUGGAAGGUGUUGAUUUCUUGUUAGGUAACGACUUGGCUGGAGAUAGAGUUGUUGCAUCUCCAGUGGUUUCAGAGAAGCCGGUUGAGGUAGCUGAAACUGAAUUGUUGCAGGAAGAUUUUCCAGGGAUUUUCCCGGAUUGUGUUGUUACUAGGUCUCAGACUCGUAGAGCUGAAAAGGAUGAUGCGGAAUCUGCUGAUGUAGAGAAGAGUACUGAUGUCUGGUUAGCUGAAACCUUUUUCAAGGAUUUGAAUGGGGAUAGUGUUGAAGGCUCUGUUGCUAACAAUGAUAGUUUGUUUAGUAAAUCCUCCCUUGUACAGGCACAACAGGCAGACCCAGAAUUAAAAAGCAUGUCACAGAAAGCAUGUUCUGAGGCUGAGGCUGAUAAGGUUCCUGAGUGCUUUUAUGUCAAAGAUGACAUUUUGAUGAGGAAGUGGAGACCUCCCCGGAGACCAGCUGAUGAAGAUUGGUGUAUAAUUCACCAGGUUGUAGUUCCUCCCUGUUUCCGCACAGAGAUUCUGAAAAUGGCUCAUGAGUUACCUAUGGCAGGUCAUGUCGGUUUUCGGAAGACAGAAGAUAGAAUUAUGAGGCAUUUCUAUUGGCCUAAGAUGCACAAAGAUGUUGUGCAUUUCUGUAAGACAUGUCAAACAUGUCAGAUUAUUGGCAAGGCACAGCCUUCUAUCAAGCCUGCUCCAUUGAUACCCAUUCCUGCAUUUGAUGAACCUUUUACUAGGGUUCUUGUUGAUUGUGUUGGACCCUUACCCAGAACGAGGUCGGGUCACAGAUUUCUCCUGACGAUUAUGGACUUGUCUACACGUUUUCCAGAAGCGAUACCCUUGAGGAGUAUCACUGCAAAAACAGUGGUACAGGCGUUGGUGCAGUUUUUAACUCGGUAUGGCCUGCCUAAGGAAAUUCAGUCUGAUCAAGGGUCAAAUUUCAUGUCAGGAAUAUUUUAG